CCCCCCCCCUUUUUUUUGGGGGGGGGGGUGGAGGUUUGUUUUUGUUUUAUUUUAUUUUUUUUUUUUGCUCUCCAGUCCUCCCCCGAAUUGAAAGCGAACUCCCGGUCCCGCCUGUAGUCUUGUUCCGCGGGGCCCGGUUGUUGAGGUCUCGGCGUGGGGUGCCCUCGGGAGGGGUCUCGCGAUUGUUGGGGGAGGGAAGGAGGGGUGGUGGGGGCGUUAUUUGGAAAAUGGCGCCCGUCGUCACUGGGAAGUUUGGUGAUGGCUGUCAACCUCAACGUUUAACAAGGGAGGCAAUGAGGACGUACUUGAAGGAAAAAGACGAUCAAACGGUCCUAAUUCUGCAUGCAAAAGUGGCCCAAAAGUCCUACGGCAAUGAGAAAAGGUUUUUCUGCCCUCCGCCAUGCGUCUAUCUGCUGGGCAGCGGCUGGAAGAAGAAGCUGGAGAAGCUCCAGAAGGAAGGCUGCACGGAGCAGGAGGCCCAGGCCUGCGCCUUCAUCGGGAUCGGCAACAGCGAGGUGGAGAUGCAGCAACUCAACUUGGAGGGGAAGAACUUCUGCGCCGCUAAAACCUUGUACAUCAGCGACACGGACAAAAGGAAGCACUUCAUGCUGUCUGUCAAGAUGCUGUACGGCAACAGCGCCAACAUCGGCGUCUUCCUCAGCAAGAGAAUCAAAGUCAUCUCCAAGCCUUCCAAGAAGAAGCAGUCUUUGAAAAACGCCGACCUGUGUAUCGCGUCGGGAACCAAGGUGGCUUUAUUUAACCGGCUGCGAUCGCAAACCGUCAGCACCAGGUAUCUCCACGUGGAGGGUGGCAACUUUCACGCCAGCUCCCUGCAGUGGGGGGCCUUCUUCAUCCACCUCCUGGACGACGACGAAUCCGAAGGGGAGGAGUUCGCCGUGCGAGACGGUUACAUCCAUUACGGCCAGACGGUCAAACUGGUGUGCUCCGUGACUGGCAUGGCGCUGCCCAGACUGGUCAUUCGCAAGGUGGACAAGCAGGCCGCGUUGUGGGAUGCGGACGACCCGGUGUCGCAGCUCCACAAGUGCGCUUUCUACUUGAAGGACACGGAACGGAUGUACCUCUGCCUCUCGCAGGACAGAAUCAUCCAGUACCAGGCCGCACCGUGUGUCAAAGAAUCAAACAAGGAGAUCAUAAACGACGGCGCGUGCUGGACCAUCAUCAGCACCGACAAAGCGGAGUACACUUUCUACGAGGGGAUGGGCCCCGUCCCCACGCCCGUCACGCCCGUGCCCGUGGUGGAGAGCCUGCAGUUAAAUGGCGGCGGAGACGUGGCCAUGUUGGAGCUAACGGGCCACAACUUCACCCCCAACCUGAGGGUCUGGUUUGGUGACGUGGAGGCUGACACCAUGUAUCGAUGCGGCGAGAGCGUCCUGUGCGUGGUGCCGGACAUUUCGGCCUUCCGCGAGGGCUGGCGCUGGGUCAGGCAGCCCGUGCAGGUCCCGGUCACGCUGGUCCGCAACGACGGCAUCAUCUACGCCACCUCCCUCACCUUCACCUACACCUCGGAACCGGGGCCCCGCCCCCACUGCGGCGUCGCCGAGGCCAUACUGCGGACGCGCGCCGCCGCCUCCUCUUCCUCCUCGUCCUUGACGUCGGCUUCUUCAUCUUCCCCUUCGUCCUCGCUGGGCGCGCUGACGAGCGGCCAGGGGGCUUACAGCGGCCGCGACUCGGGCUCGUCGUCGGCCGUGUCGGUCUUGUCGUAGUGAUGAUCACGCCAAGCGUGUCUUGUUUUAUUUUCAUCUUUUAUUUUCUUCAACGAGCACAAUUGCUUCCGAAGAGGACCUCGGAGAACACUUGGCCGAAGAGCAAGCUCGGGAGUGGCUUUGUGAACAAUAAAUGACUGUUUAGCCCCAUCUAGUGGACGACUGUGGAACCGGUCACAAGCCCCAUUGAGGACGUUGAACGCCAGACAAGGCACCUCUUCGGAUUCUCCUUUUUUUUUUGUACCAGAACUUUCCGAAAUGAGCACUUGGAGGAUAAGGCCACUCCGAUUUUGAAGAUGAUUCGAAAAGUCGCCUCCAUGCGACGUGUACCGAGCACGAGCGACGUCAACAAUCUCAAGACUAACCCGACUAUCCGUACAGAAAAAAAUAAAAAACAAACAGCUUUAACGAGACAUUUUUUUUAAAAUACAGAAAACGUGUGAGGGGAAACAUUUUCGAGGGAGAGCAAAAGGACAGAAAAAUGAACUCACAAUUUGGGAGAUCGCUUCAACGGUGCGGUCGUUUCGUCUCUCCUUGAUUUGAUGAAAUAUUCCGGCAAAGCGGUGGUUCAGCUGCUAAAGCGUUGGCCUCACAGUUCAGAGGACCCGGGUUCGAUCCCGUUCCUCACUUGUGCGGAGUUUGCAUGUUCUUCCCGUGCCUGCGUGGCCUUUCUGUGGGUGGGCACUCCGGUUUCCUCCCACAUCCCGAAAACAUGCAAUAUGAAUUCAUUGGGUCCUCUAAAUUGCCCCACGGCGUGAUUGUGAGUGCGGCUGUUUGUCUCCACGUGCCCUGCGAUUGGCUGGCGACCGGUUCAGGGUGUACCGCAACUCCUGCCCGUCGACAGCUGGGAUAGGCUCCAGCACUCCCUCGUGAGGAUAAGUGGCGAGAAAAAUGGAUGGACGGAUUCCAGCAAAGGUUAAAGGGGAAAUCCAGUGGUUUGCAUGAAAAAACAUGUAAUACGUACUCUUAUCUUGAUAUUGUGAUGUUAAAUCCUCUCUCAUUUAGUAGUGUUUUGAAAAGAUUUUAAUUGACAAUUAUGAAUUUUCAGGGGCGCUGCCAUUUUGGCGAGUCACAUGACCUGCGUGCGCAGAUGUGACGUUUACCGUGCCGCGACAAAGGCUCGAUGACAUGGGGCGCCGUUUAUGCCCGGCGCUGAUUUCUCACAUUUAUCCUCAUCUGAUGAAGAAAUAGCAGUAUCGGUUGAUUGGGAAGACGGAGGAAUAUUUACGUACACGGGCAGCGAGCGGAAGUAUUCCUCCGUUUUCCGUGAGCUCCCUCCCCGAGCCCUUGAGCGAGGUCGCGGCUCCCCCGAGCCCCGGAGCUGAGCCGCUCACGGCUGCGUAUGGAAGCGUUCCUCCCGUCUUCCCGACGGUGAAAAUAAAUGAAUGGUUUCCCGUGUAGUCGAGCAUUUGUCGCGGCCCGGUACGCGUCACAAAAUGGCGGCGCCCCUGAAAAUUCGGAAUAAAAAUCUCAAAACACUUUAACAUCACACUGUCAAACUAGAGCACAUAUUCCAUGUUUGUUCAUGCAAACCAGUGGAUUUCCCCUUUAUGAAGUAAAGGUGGCAUCAAGUUGAGGACUUUGGACUUUUCCAAGCGGUUUUGCCUUUAAGCGAGACUUUUGUCCCACAAGAGUUUUCCAUCUUCCCUUUGCUGCGGCAGUUUUUUUUUUUUAAUCCAGAUGCAGUACAGAAGAUCAAACUCUUUAUUUGUGUUUUUAUUUUGCCAGCUUUUUGCCCAGGUACAGUUUGAACUUGCUUUCCACAGAAAUGUUGCUUUAAAAAAAAAAAAAAUUGAUCGUUAAAUGUUAUCUUGAUGACAUUAUUUAGCAACACGAGCAGGGAAAAGUAUCGGAAACAUCUCGGUAUGAUGCAGUCGCUGCAAACUAAGCAAUAAUAAAAAUAUUGUUACAGUGAAA